AUGAACCUUAAUUUCAAGGCAACUGAGUGUCUGUCUGUGUUCAUGCCAUGUUUUACCAAAAGAAGCUACUUUUUUGCAAAGUACGAUGCGUUAACGCAAUGUGUGGGAGCAUAUCGCUCUUACGCUGCGGACGCUCCGACCAGAUUCUUUGGAUAUUAUUCGCUACCACCCUGGGUGCAACUCUAUAGAUCAUCCGCCGCAGACCUAUCUAACCUGAUUUCAAAUGCAUUAAGCAAUGAUCGCCAAACUUUACCGUACGGCACACAUCUUGAUUCAGAGAAUUCGCGACGGACAAGCAGCGGCUUUGAAUAG